AUGCUGCUCCCACGGAUAUUCGCGCCCGUCCGCGCAUCGAUAGCGACAUCUGCGGCCUUCAUCGCACCCUCUACCCGUGUCCUCGAUGCCCUCCGUGUAGCCAAUGGCUCUGCCACACCCACCCCAGUCCUCUCGUUUGUACGACACUCCGCACAUCAAGCCCAAGGCCGAGCCAACGGCGCAAAAGAUGGACCUGGAAAACGAUUAGGCGCAAAGAAGAGUGGAGGCGAAUACGUAAUCCCAGGCAACAUCAUCUUCCGCCAACGCGGUACCUCAUGGUUCCCCGGCGAAAACUGCAAAUUCGGGCGCGACCACUGCAUCUUCGCUACGGAAUCCGGCUACGUACGGUACUACCGCGACCCGCGACUGCACCCAAAACGCCAAUACAUUGGCGUUGCCCUCGAAAAAGACCACACGCUCCCUUACCCUCCCAACGCUGCUCGUCGGCGACGUCUAAACUUCACUCCCGUCCCCGUCGCAUCACCACCGCCUGCGUCUGAAUCCGCUCCAGUAGCGGCAGCGGUAGCGGGAGCCGAAGCACCGAGGGAAGCGACCAAGAAAGAAUUGAGUCUCCGGUCUGGAAAGGGAUAUGCGUACCGUGAGGCCAACUGGGUGAUUGGGCGUGCGGCGGAGAGGGCAGGGGUGCAAGUUAAGGAGUUUGUCCCCGGGGAUCGGUGGACGGCGUGGAGGAAGCGGAGUUUGAGGAUUCAGGCAAAUGUGGAGAGGAAGAGGUUGAGGAGUGCGGGUAAGAAGGUUGCGAAGCCUAAGGCGAGGAAGGCGAGGGCUUAG